AUUUUUUCGGGACGAUGGAGGUUUUGGCCAGAAAAGAGGGCGACGGAGAACUGCUGGAGACGCUCUGUAGGUUAUGCGGCACGAGUGACUGCGGUCGGAUGUUGCAUUUGGGCGAUACGUACUCUAUGGUGGGAGCGAGUGACGUCAUUUUCAACUUGUUAGACAGCAUAUCGGUUAUACUAAAGCUGCAGGAUGAGGACGAAGCACUGAUGUCAAAACAUGUAUGCUUAUCAUGUUUUAACAUAGCAGUUGAUGUCCAGGCUUUCAUAGAUUCCAGUAUAAAUUUUCAAAAGACAACAAUAAGACAGAUAUUUCCAGAACAUAAGUUGGUGGAGACACAAGAUAUUACUCUGAUUCAAGCGCCUUUUGGAAGUCUACGGAAGGAAUCUGAGCUUGUUGAGCAUCAUAUUAAUGAUGAUAGUAAAGUUGAUGAACCAAUAUUGAAGUCUCAAGAUCUGUUACAGAAUGGCAGUUUUUUAGAAACAAGCAAUGUCUUACUGAAAUCUAAACUGGAAGAGGCACCCAAAGGAAGUCUUGCAAGUGAUUUUCAAAAAUCAGCUGAUUGUGUUAAUGCUGAUGUGUCGCAGAAUAAUGUAAAAGUUACUAUAAAUUCCUCUGAGUUAGGUGUAAUUGAUCAACUUUCAAAGGAUGAACUCCCUUCCGUCCAAACUGAAUGUAUGCCAGAAGUACCAAGUAUCUCCACAGAAUUUCAGACUGAUCCAAAUGUCAAGAGUGAUGUAAAGUUUGCAGAUGAAGGAGAUAGGGUUUUUAACUGCCCUAAAGAAGAUGCUUGUGACAAGGAACAUUCUUCCUUAGUUUCUCAGAAUCAAAGCACUAAUAGUACCAAUUCAAGUACAAAUAAUAAGAGUAAGAAAGCAAAGGUAGCUGUAGAUAGACAAGAAAAGGGAAAAGAAAGUAGCAAGAAAUGUCCAGUAUGUUCCAAAAGUUUUCCAAGACAGAGUCAACUGAAAAGCCAUCUUGUAAGUCACAGCGGAACUAGACCAUUCGAGUGCAAGAUUUGUCACACUAAAUUUAAAUAUCGGCGGAACCUCGUUGAACAUUCCAGCAUACAUAAUGAAAUUCCAUCCUUCAUCUGCUCUAAAUGUGGCUUAACAUUCAAACAAAGAAGCAAUUUACUUAAACAUGAGAGGAUUCAUCGAGAGAAAGACAAACACUGUUACCACUGUCCUCACUGUAACAACCAGUACACUCAGUCUUCUCAUCUAAGAACACACAUCAGGAAUGUUCAUGAAAAUAACAAGGGACACAAAUGCGAUGUCUGUGAUGCUGUAGUUCUCUGUCAGUCAUCUCUGAGACGGCAUAUGGCAACUGUCCAUGCUAAUUCAGCCAAAUUUAUCUGUCCACACUGUAAUAGAGGCUUUAAUAACAAUCAGAAUUACCAAGGGCACCUGAGGCGGCAUUCUGGUGAGCGUCCUUAUAGUUGCUCCACGUGUGCCAAGACAUUCACCACCACGAAAGCUCUAAGUAGGCAUCGGUUAAUUCAUCAGGGAAUUAAGAGCCAUAAGUGUAUCCACUGCAGUAAAGCAUUUUAUGAAUUGUGCGACUUAAAGAAGCACGCCAAGCGUCACCUGAAACGUGUGAAAAAAUCCAACAGAAGUCUAGCUGCUAGUAAAACUGGAGAGAAUGCUAGUAACUCUACCACUCAGGUGGUGACUGGUAUGAAUUCACUUAACUUGAUGGUCCUCACAGAGUCUCUGCUCUUUAGUGAGCCCCAGCCACUGCUUGAAACAUCAGCAUCUAGAGUAACAGAGAUACUUCUGCCAGAUGGGAAAUUGGGGACACCUAAAGAAGUUACAGCAGAACCACUUUUGGGUUCAGGGGUUAUAGAAGCUAAUCCACCAAAUUUGCAGCAGUCAUCAAUGGAAUUGUCUAAAAUUUCAAACAUGCUACAGCCAGGAGAGGAAGUUCUGACACCAUCACCAUUAUUACCUGCUACACCAGUCUUAUCUGCAGAAAAUGUAGAAGCCAUCUCUGUGCUGGCCGACACAGCUGUCCUGCAACCACCUGAAACGAAGACCGUUAUUACCACACCCAUUGACCCUUCCAGAGUCUUGCAGCCAACAGACAUAGGUGUUGAGGAGGAACUCCCUAGACCUGAAAAUAGAAAUGUAAGUCUAGAAGUACAGGAGGCAUCCCAGUGUAGUUCUAGUACAGAUGGCCCCACUAUGGUUGUGCUUUCAUCUGUAGGUGCUUCUUCUGAGUACCUACCUGUUGCUGAACAAGAAACUCACACAGGGAAUUCUGACAUUGAUGGGGCCAGACAUCAAGAAGGUGAGAGGAUCCUUAGCCAUGCUACUUGGUAAUUUGAUCAUUUAUUUUGUAUAUUACAAUACUGUGUGUUUUGGAAAAGUGGUGAUAGGAAAUAUUUAUUUGCAGUGUUUUGAUGUUUUUUGUUUUUUCAUUUCCAAAACUUAUUUCAAUCUUACCUAAAAAACUGACAUUCACUGAAAUAUUCAGUUUACUAUAACCUCUAUAUUAACGACUAAAAAUUAAAUUUACUAUAAGCUCUAUUAUAAGCUUUAUAUUAAAUAUCAGUAUUCUCUUAAUCUCUUUCUGCUCACAGUAUCAUAGUGACUGACUGCUUAAAUACCAUUUAUAUUUUUUCUCAGUAUGAGGAUACAAUUUUAAAGAAAUAUACCAUGAAAGCAUGAAAAGACAAAUUUUAUUGCAGUUGCAAUUCAAAACCAGACUUCUCUUUAGGUGCAAGAACAUAAGGGAUACUUAAAGAAAAGAAAAAAAGAUCUAUAGUUAUACAAAAAUCGUCAUGGAUUUUUUGUUACUUAUUUAUGUACCUUAUCUAUCCUUAUUCACAGAUUAAGGGGUUUACAUGUUGUGAUAAACCUUGUAUAUGAGACAUUCCCAAUUUUAAGGUUAUUCCUAUGGGGAAAAGUGAACUUUUCUUCAUGAUACAAGGUAGUAUUUUGAGUGUGAAAAAGAUCCAAUUAUAAAAAAAAAAAAAAAAAGGAGAAACAACUGGUACUUAAAAUUAUAUCACAAGAAGAUUGGAUACUAUAUGUAAUACAAUCUGUGCAAUAGAAACUAAAACACCCUAAUAAGUAUAAAAAAUAUAUAUAAAUAAACUGUGAUUUAAGGAAACCAUUUCUAGUCAAUAAAUGUGAAUAGUCAAUCACUGCUCAUAUAAUAUAUAGUACUAAGAAUAAGCAAUAUAUAUAUUUUUGUUCUCUUCUUUUCCCCAUUAUGCCUUCAUGUUUUAACAUAUGAAAAAAAAAUUAAAAUAUCUUUUUAUAUGAAAUUUAAUUUUUUUCAAAUGUAUGCUGCAAUUAUAUAGUAUAUACAAUGCUGGCAAUGUAUUUAUGUAUACCUGGAAUCUCUUUUUAAACAUUCAUGAAUUAUGAUAUUGUAACUGCUUUUCAGAUGUUAUCAUAUCAAAUAUUAACUGCUAGUCAGUGCCUUGGAAGCAAGGAAGGCAUAUAAAUGUUUGUGCUUAAUAGAUGUAUCAUACAUCAGUUGUAAAAUUGUUCCUUUUUUGGAAUAUGUGUUCAUUCCAGUAUGUUAUAGGUUACGACACUUGGGAAAAUAGAUUGUUGUAGCAAAGUGUUCCGUAGCUACAGAUGUGUGAUCAAUUAAAUCAAAUUGUUUAAGAACGUGAUCUUUAUAAAGGUGCAAUAUCACUCUAGUCACUUUCAGACCACCAGAACAGUCACUGUCAAUGGCAAUUUCUCAUUUCUGUUUUGUGUAUGUCUGCAUUUAUACAUGUGUUACUGUGCAAUGUUCAUAUAGGUUUUUAUGAUUGUUAAAUAUGUAUGUGUCUCUUAAAAGUACAUAAAAUACGUACACAAAGGGUUCGAUUUAGUUGCCAAGGGGCUUGCAAAUAUUUCAGGAAAAAAAUUAGGAAAAUGUACCUUAGACUGGUAGUAACUGGAACAAAUAUUCAGUUUGACUCAUUGUCUGUACUCUUAAAAAUAUAUGAGAAUGACUAUAACAUGUUUUGUCAUCUCUUUCUAAGAUGAGGCAGGCAUUCACAAAUAUAAAUAUCAAGCAGAUUCAGACAUAUGCAUCGUCUCUUCUGCUGUUCAUAUAAAAUGGUCUUAAAAGUUCUAGAACUGAAUAAGAAAUGAAGAAUAUAAAAGGAAAGGAAAGAAUUUGAUAUAAAUCAUUCUAGAUAAAAUUAGUUCUUGACACCAAAGGCUAACAGCAAAACUGAUAUUUAUUAAUUUUUACCCAAUAUAAAACAUAGAUUAAUGUUUAAUAGGUAUUAAGAAGAUAUGUGAUGAUUGUAUGCAAGUGUGCGUAUUGCUGGAAAAAUUGUAUGAUUGUCUCAUGACUAUUGUUGUGAACUUAUUUAUUCUUAAUAGAGAAUGGAUCCUUCAGUCUGUGAACAAAACAUUCCUAUUUAAAAACAAAGUGCAAAACCUAUUUUUAAUCUACUGAUAGCUGAAACCGUGUACUUUAUUUAUUGUAAACUUCUUAACUAUUAAAUAAAAUAUGUUUGUAUAAA